UGUCAACUUGAGGUUCGUUCAGUUCGCGCUCGUCAUCAUCAUGGCUCUACCACUAGCAAACCACACUCAGUUUAACACGACUAAUGGAACGAAUAUCAGCGUUGCCGAACAUUCGCCAAUUACCAAUUCUGUAGCUCUUGAAACGUUUAAGACCUUUAUGCAAACCGUCGUUGCUUUAGUKGGAGUCGUUGGAAAUCUUUGCGUAUGUGUUGUUAUUACUAGAAACAAGAAGCGAAAAUCCACAACCGAACUGUUAAUUCGAAAUCUCGCUGUGGCAGACAUUGGUGUGCUGUUGGUGAUAUUUCCUUUGUCAAUUAUCAGGGAAAAAAUGCCURUGAAUUGGCCUCUUGGAAGACCAUUUUGCGUGUAUGCUUUUCCGUCAAGCGAGACGUUCUAUGGAGUUUCCGUGUGGUCAAUUGUGGCUAUCUCUGUUGAAAGAUAUCGCCACCUCGUCUGCCCCUUGAAGAAAGAUCGGAAACAUGGAAUGAAGGUCAUAAAGCGGUUGAUUAUUUUUCUGUGGAUCGGAUCUUUUCUUGCUUUUUGCCUUCCGACGAUUUUUUACAUGAAAUACCUGGAAAAAGGUGAGCRAACGMUGUGUUAUGCGGAUUUGCCAAGAGAAGUGCAAGAGAUUUUCUUCAUAUACUUGUUUCUUGCGUGGUAUUGCUUCCCAGUGCUCAUCAUUAUGUGGAGUUACUUUGUAAUUUCAAGAAAGCUUGAUCAAAGUAGCUUCUUCCUUCGUAACAUGCACACAUCAGAGACACGAUUCAGGGACAUUUCAARCACAUCCAAGAAUCGACUUUCAUUGAUGCAGCAAAGGCGGCUAUCGCAAAACCGAAGAGUGAAAAGACUCCUGACACCUGUUGUAAUUGCGUUUGCCACRUUGAUGAUGCCAGUCAACGCAUGUCGCUUUGUGUUUGUCUACAAUCCCGAAAUCCUCAACACAGAAUCAUAUAAAAUCAUGCUCUACAUGGUGUUGUUCGGCGUGGUAAUCAAUAGCUCCAUCAAUCCCAUAAUUUAUUCCUUCGUAAGUCCUGGAUUCCGUAGAGGAAUUGCUGCAUUCUUUAAGAAUCGGUCUUAUAGGAUUUCGCUCAUGACGGGAUCAGYCAUUCGUGCUGUUGGACAGAGGUUAACCCUUAGAGUCAGUCAGCGACGCACAUACUCAUUCAAUACUAAAGAUCCGGUAGAGCAUAAAUCUGACCGGUCAGCUCAGACUCCGGUCUCUUUGAACUGCUGAAACCUUGAGACUCAUCACGGAAAUAAUGCUUAGAGACUUCGACCUUCGAGAAAACUKCACAAUAAAAACAAUACAGAUUAUUCACUCAAGGUUUUUUUCUUCCAAGUCUCACUGCGCAGGGAGUGAAGCUCACUAUCCAUGACUUUUGAGUUUUAACUAAGCUCAGACUUGAGGCUACAAUGAGUUGAACUACUUGACACACUUAAAGCACGUCCAUAAAGGAACUUUCCAUCUUUCAGAAAACUGACGAUGUCGGUGUCCGAAGAAAGUUCGAGAGAAACGUCUAUAAAGUUUAAUGUAUGGCCUUAUAUUUCUAYUCCUAUUUUAAUUUUUUCUUCUUUACUAUGUACCAAAGGACCGCUUCAGAAUUCUAAGUUCAGAACGAMGAAAACACUGAUCAGGCGAGACGAGACCACUUUUUUUUUAUUUUAAUCUUCAAAGUCACUAUCAUAGGUCACACAUUUAGCAGCCACAGGGACAUGGUAUUUUUAAUCCCUAAGGAAAAAAGUAGACACCGACGCAGAUGAAAAACAAUGUAUUUAAAAUAUUUACUGCAGUCUCAACAUAUUGUUAUACUUUAAUUAAGGGGCAUUUAAAUGUUUUGGUAUUUGCAAAUGAAAAUGUAAAAAAUGUAAUUAACUAUCAGUGGCAUUUUGGACGCCCAUUGUGUCAGUUAAAUUACUAUAUCUUUAAACAGUUUAAACUGUUUAAAAACGCCCCUUACAAGCACAUCAGGACCUCGUUUUAUCAUGAUGGAAAUUGUUUCAUUCUGGCACUUUAUGCAGUUAUGAUAUCGUUCUUAUUUGUGUGUGUAUAUAAGGUGUUUCCGCGGGGGAGCAUUAGCCUCGAGGCAUAUUAAUUUAGGAUAAUCAUCGAGCACUUUGUAAACUAGAACUUGUGAUUUUGAUGAUUUAUAGCUUCGUCUUCCAAACUGAAAAUGUUAUUUAAGAUUUAAGUAGUGUCGUUGUUAAGUGACAUUUAGUCAAAAUAAUUAACAUGACUAUGAGACUUUGAAUGAGUCUUCAUCUGUUGCUGUGCAGUUUCCCCCGUCGAACUCRAAUUGACUCUUUGCGCGCACUGCUGAUAGAAUUGAUCUAAACUUUCGCUGUAUAAAUAAAAGCAAUAAAGAAGCUAUGCUACUUGCAA